AGCACGCCUCCUGACAUGUCCAGGGCAUCCCUGGCCGGGCCGGGCCGCGGCUAGGAGCAGCGGGUCUUGGUCCGCCCCUCUGUCCCUCAGUCGCGCCUGGCCCUGACCUGACCGGGCCUGCGUUCCGCUCUCGGCCACCUGAGGGAAGGAGCGGGGAAAGCGGCGGGUGGGUCUCGGAGAGGGAGCAUUCGCCCCAGGCUGGAGAAGGCUGACCCGCGUCCCCGCCCAGCCCGCGCUUAUGCGGUACUUGAAGGAUGGCGAAGAGGUCGCGCAGUGAGGACGAGGAUGAUGACCUUCAAUAUGCUGAUCAUGAUUAUGAAGUACCUCAACAAAAAGGACUGAAAAAACUCUGGAACAGAGUAAAAUGGACAAGAGAUGAGGAUGACAAGUUAAAGAAGUUGGUUGAACAACAUGGAACUGAUGAUUGGACUCUAAUUGCUAGUCAUCUUCAAAAUCGUUCUGAUUUUCAGUGCCAACAUCGAUGGCAGAAGGUUUUAAAUCCAGAAUUGAUAAAGGGUCCUUGGACUAAAGAAGAAGAUCAGAGGGUUAUUGAAUUAGUUCAGAAAUAUGGACCAAAAAGGUGGUCUUUAAUUGCAAAACAUUUAAAAGGAAGAAUAGGCAAGCAGUGCAGAGAAAGAUGGCACAAUCACCUGAACCCCGAAGUAAAGAAGUCUUCUUGGACAGAAGAAGAAGACAGGAUCAUAUACGAAGCACACAAGCGGCUGGGAAACCGUUGGGCCGAGAUUGCUAAGUUACUUCCUGGAAGGACUGAUAAUUCUAUCAAAAAUCAUUGGAAUUCUACUAUGCGAAGAAAAGUGGAACAGGAGGGCUACUUACAAGAUGGAAUAAAGUCAGAGCGAUCCUCAUCAAAACUUCAACACAAACCUUGUGCGACUAUGGACCAUUUGCAAACCCAGAAUCAGUUUUACAUUCCUGUUCAGAUCCCUGGUUAUCAAUAUGUGUCACCUGAUGGUAGUUGUGUUGAACAUGUUCAGACAUCUGCCUUUAUUCAGCAACCCUUUGUUGAUGAAGAUCCUGAUAAAGAAAAAAAAAUCAAGGAGCUUGAGUUGCUUCUCAUGUCAGCUGAGAGUGAAGUCAGAAGGAAGAGGCUUCCAUCUCAACCUGGAAGCUUUUCUAGCUGGUCUGGUAGUUUCCUCAUGGACGAUAGUAUGUCUAACACACUGAAUAAUCUUGAGGAACACACUACUGAGUUUUAUAGCAUGGAUGAAAAUCAGACUGUUUCUGCUCAGCAGAAUUCACCCACAAAGUUUCUAGCUGUAGAAGCAAAUGCUGUACUGUCUUCUCUACAGACCAUCCCAGAAUUUGCAGAAACUCUAGAACUUAUUGAAUCGGAUCCUGUAGCAUGGAGUGAUGUUACCAGUUUUGAUCUUUCUGAUGCUGCUGCUUCUCCUGUCAAGUCUACUCCAGUUAAAUUAAUGAGGAUUCAACAUAAUGAAGGAGCCAUGGAAUGUCAAUUUAACGUCAGUCUUGUACUUGAAGGGAAAAAGAACAGUUGUAAUGGUGGAGACAGUGAAGCUAUUCCUUUAACAUCCCCAAAUGUGGUCAAGUUUAGCACUCCACCAACCAUCCUCAGAAAAAAGAAGAGAAUACGAGUGGGUCAGUCUGCAAGCAGCGAGCUUGGUGAUGGCUCCCUCAGCGAAGGCAGUAAUGCAGCACUAAAACACACACCAGUGAAGACACUACCAUUUUCUCCUUCUCAGUUUUUUAACACAUGUCCUGGAAAUGAACAACUUAAUAUAGAAAACCCUUCCUUUACAUCAACCCCAAUUUGUGGGCAGAAAGUUCUCAUUACAACUCCUCUUCAGAAGGAAGCAACCCCCAAAGAUCAGAAAGAAAAUGUAGGGUUUAGAACACCUACUAUUAGAAGAUCUAUAUUGGGUACCACACCAAGAACUCCUACUCCUUUUAAGAAUGCACUUGCUGCUCAGGAAAAGAAAUAUGGGCCUCUUAAAAUUGUGUCCCAGCCACUUGCCUUUUUGGAAGAAGACAUUCGAGAAGUUUUAAAAGAAGAAACUGGCACAGAUAUAUUCCUCAAAGAGGAAGAUGAGCCUGCUUACAAAAGCUGCAAACAAGAGCAUUCUGCAUCUGUGAAGAAAGUCAGAAAAUCACUAGCCUUAGAGAGCUGGGACAAAGAAGAACCAGGCACUCAGCUACUAACUGAAGACAUUUCAGACAUGCAGUCAGAAAAUAUUCUUACAACAUCUUUAUUAAUGAUACCAUUAUUGGAAAUACAUGACAAUAGGUGCAACUUGACUCCUGAAAAACAAGAUAUAAAUUCAGCCAACAAAACAUAUACACUUACUAAAAAGAGACCAAACCCUAACACUUGUAAAGCUGUCAAAUUGGAAAAGAGUCUUCAGUCAAAUUGUGAAUGGGAAACAGUGGUAUAUGGGAAGACAGAAGACCAGCUUAUCAUGACUGAACAAGCGAGAAGAUACCUGAGUACUUACACAGCGACCAGCAGCACGUCAAGAGCUCUAAUACUCUAACUGCUACUCACGCUGAUAAAAUGCCCUACCCCUUUACUGUACUUUAUGCUAAAUUAGGUUGCAAUGAAAUUUGUCUCAAUUAAUUCUUUUAAAGGUUUUAAUACAUCCCUAAAAUGGUUCGCGGUUUUUUUCUAUACUGAACAGGCAAAAAACUAAUAAGCCACUUAAAGUAAGGGGUAGGCAAAUUUAUUAUUUAUAUUUUUAAGAAAUGAGAGUUUUAAAAUUUGUUUUUAAAGAACAAAAUGGGGAAAGAAGAAUGUUCAUGGGUAUUCCAAAGUAAAUUCUCACAUAAUUUCUUUACAGGAUAUAUGUCGCUACUUUCUCAAGACUGUAGUCUGUUAUAAACAAGUAUGUGUGACCUCUGAAAGUCUAUAUUUCAGAAGCACAGAGGCUUUAUGAAGUACUUUUGCAUGUGUGCUGAUUUACUUAGACUACCAUUAUAAAGAAACACAGUGGGAAGGAGUCUCAAGGAAGCUAGAAGUUGCACUACUAAUUUUGGUAUUUUCAGAAACAAUGAAAUUAACUACAGUGUUAAGGAUAUUUAUUUGUGCAUAGUACUAAAAAAGCAUCGAAGGUGGGCUUUUUCUUACUAGUAAAGAGUCAGUAUUUCUUCAUAAGUCUCAGAAGAGCUGAGGAUUUUGUUGAAUGUAUUGUACAGUAUAUAGGAGCAAGAAAACUUUGUAAAUUGGAAAGAUGUCUGUUUUUAUAACUUAUUUUCAUUUUUAAAGCUUAAAUGUAGAUAUUUAUAUAUACAGGGUGUCUAGAAGCCAGUGUUGUUUCUUGCCAUUACAGCUAACAUAGUAAAGAAUAACUUUGACUUUCAAGUAUGAAAUAGUUAAGUUAUAGCUGCAAAGAACACAAUAUCUAUACUGUAUGUCACAUCUACCUAAAUAUUGCACUAUAUCCUUUAAAUCAUGUUGGUUAUAAAGUAGUUCUAAAAUGUACUAAAUAAUAAUUUAAUAUUUUCUUUUUAAAUUAUAUUGGAGGGUCAUAUAAAUUAAUCUGGUGAUUUGUAUAUGUGUUUGAAAUUUUCAUUUUGUUUAAAAAA